GUUCUGCUAUUAAUAGCGCAAUGAUUAAAGUGAACCGUGUUAUGACCAGCCAUCGAGGCGAUGACACGCAGCGUGUGGUUCGAGCCGCCCUCUGAUCGCCUCUCCUCUCUGACACAUGGGCUUCCGCCUCCCGGUAUAAAUACCUUGACGGGACUCCACUUCCACGAGUCCGCGCUUUUCACGGAGCUACUGCACACUGGAUUCGCAUAUUGGGAGUUUAUUUUUGAAGGUUGCAAUCCGAUUUUUCGAAGACAUUUUAAAAAGUGGUAUGCUGGGUCGUUUAUAUGGACAGCGGAAAAGCCAAAGUAUUUUUCAUGCAAAUGAGAGACUAUUCUUUACCUGAAACCUGAAGGUCGGUUGCUCUAUAAGCGAUCUCCUGAUGCUCCGAGAAUCCUUGGCGUGUCCAACGUCGUCUGCAUUCCCACACAGAGCUCUCCUCAUAACCAUUCGUAAGCGGUAACGGCAAUGAUGGUGGCUGUCCGAAGCGCAGACCGCAUGCCCCCUACCACCGCUGUGAAGGUCUUGGGAGCUGGGACCGCUGCGUGUGUCGCGGACUUGAUCACUUUCCCCCUGGACACGGCAAAAGUCCGGCUCCAGAUCCAGGGGGAAUCAAAGUCCUCCGGGAGCCUGCGCUACAAGGGCGUGUUUGGGACCAUCAGCACCAUGGUGAGGACGGAGGGGGCCCGCAGCCUGUACAGCGGUCUGGUUGCGGGACUCCAGAGACAGAUGAGCUUCGCCUCCGUCCGUAUCGGACUCUACGACUCCAUGAAGCAAGUCUACACCCGGGGAUCAGACAAUGCGGGCAUGGGCGCGCGGCUGCUGGCCGGCUGCACCACGGGGGGCCUGGCGGUGGCUGUGGCCCAGCCCACCGACGUGGUCAAGGUCCGCUUCCAGGCCCAGGUCCGGCUCCCGGGGGCCGGCGCCGCCGCCCAGCGCUACAGCGGCACCUUCGACGCGUACCGCACCAUCGCGAGGGAGGAGGGGCUGAGGGGGCUCUGGAGAGGAUGUCUGCCCAAUAUCACCCGUAACGCCAUUGUGAACUGCUCGGAGCUGGUGACCUACGACCUAAUCAAAGAGCUCAUCCUCAAGCGCAAACUCAUGACAGACAACAUGCCCUGUCACUUCACGGCCGCCUUCGCCGCCGGUUUCUGCACCACCAUCGUGGCAUCCCCCGUGGACGUGGUCAAGACGCGCUACAUGAACUCCGCCCCGGGCCGGUACAGGGGGGCCACCAACUGCGCCAUCACAAUGCUCAUGAAGGAGGGGCCCCAGGCCUUCUAUAAGGGGUUUGUUCCCUCCUUCCUGCGUCUGGGCUCCUGGAACAUCGUGAUGUUUGUGAGCUACGAGCAGAUCAAGAGAGGCAUGAUGAAGGCCCACCAGUCCUGGCAGUUGCCCGUCUAGUCUGCGCUCUCCCGUCUGCCUUACUGACACACUAUACAGUGUGUCAGAAGCAUCCAGCGCCCACCCUCUGCAACACAACACUCACUCCCCCCCCCCCCCAAAGAGGAGUGCACACUUCAGGAAGCGCACCUCAGGUACAGACUGGUGCGACUGCAAAGCUGUUUCUGGGUCUCCAAUGCCUUGCUCCUCCUCUGAGAGACAGAAAGACGGAUGGACGGAGACGUCGAAGUGCAGGAUAACAAAGGGUUUUGGUGACAGUAUGUAACACGGUUUGAAUUGGAAAGUAGAUGAUUGUGGGUGCAGGUGAGGAAAGACUUGUUUUUUGUGUGUUUAUCUGAUUUAUAUCGCAAUAAUAAGUGCCAUGUUUACAACUGAAUGAAACCACUCGAAGUGAGAAACGUAGGUAAACCGUUCUCAUCGACAUGUCCGGUACGUUACACAUGUUGGUGUGCGGAUCACAGGGAGUUCCGCCCUGUGAUUAGACAAACUUCUUAUUGUUACACUCUCGCAAUAACAUUUAGAUUUGAGAAUGACUCGUGCCAUUUUGUUAGGCUCAUGUUUUUAUCUGCCAAUAAGAUUACUUUAUGUAUAUUAGAAUAUGAAUAUUUAUACAAUAACCUAAACAACCGAUUUUCUGAAUGUAGAAACGAUGUGCCAGUACUAGGGAUGCUCUGAUACCAUCAGGGAUAAACCUACGUCAUUAGGCAAUACAAAGACAAUCAAGCAAUAGAUCAAUACUCACGCCAGAAUCACAUCUUCAGUUUGUAGUUACCAGGAGGGUAUUCCAAAAAAGUCGCUAACGAAAGCGGCGCUUAGUUGAUUAAGCCCGGUUAGAACUAACGGCAACUUCCACUUGAGGCUAAAGCCGUUCCAUCAACCCAGUUCAGCCGUGCCUUGCUCAGGUAAAUUCAAGUCAGGCUUACGUUAUCGUCGAUUACGCGCUCUCACGAGAUAUGUAACCAGCCUAGAACCGCGAAUGUCGAAUCAUGGAUCAAAUGUCCGAAAAGGACCGAGCGGGAUGUUUUCCAGCGGCGACCAGCUGCUUGUGGAGGUCUAUGAGGAGUACAAGCAUAUAAUAACUCAAAAAGGGAACAACGUAACCAUUAAUAAAAACAGGGAUGCCGCCUGGCAAUAAAAUCGCCGAUCUUUUGAAUGAUUAUAUUAUGAUUAAGUAGUAUUAAGCGUAAGAUAUUUUAAUGUAAUGACUGGACUUUAGUAAUCAGGACGAUAGUCUUGAGGUAACAUGUCGGACUUGUACCCGGUGGUCCGGGGUUCAAUCCCCACCUAAUUAGUCAUUUAGGAAGGAUAAAAUAUAGGCUGUUUUUACUUCAUAUAUGUACAUUUAUGACAAAAUCGUGAGGACUAGGCUUGGCGGAACCUUCUGAUGGUACACUUUCCGACAGAUGGGACUUCUCUGAAACACCGCUCAAGUAAGCCUGACUGUUACCCUUGUACCGAAUACCGACCAGUUUAAUUUGGUUGGAUAAACUGCCAUGGUUACUUAGCGGAGAUUCCCUAGUCCCGUUGGUAGAACGCAACUCUAGCUUAAAGUAGCGAGGCUAAGCGAAAUAUGCCGGCUUUGCCUUUAGCUUGGUUGAUGGAAUACCCCCCUGAUCACAUUUAGACGUUUAGCUCUAAAAUCCUUUAGAAGGGGGCUCUCGCCUGCUUCUCUGUGUCCCACAGUCCUCCAUAUAUCUCCUAUAUCAGUCGUUCCCUGACACAUCGGAGCAUCCUGAAUCAUAACCACCCCCCUGCACAAACUUGGGGAAACUAAACACUGAAAUAUUCCAACAGGGCCAUUUUAUUUAUUUCCAGGGCUGUCUUUUGAAAGGACAGAAUCAAUGAUGGAACAACUGUUAUUUAUUCUAGAAAUGGACCAUACUUAUUCCAUAGAUGUUACCGCUUGUCAUAGUGUCAUCAUUUUGUACUAAGACUUAUAAUAUAUUUCUCA